GCACACAGCAGGGACAGUUCAAAACAUGGGUGGUCGGUGCGCACAGCAGGGACAGUUCAAAACACAGGUGGCCGGUGCGCACAGCAGGGACAGUUUAAAACCACAGGUGGUUGGUGCGCACACACCGGGGACAGUUCAGAACAUGGGUGGUCGGUGCACACAGCGGGGACAGUUCAGAACACGGGUGGUCGGUGCACACAGCGGGGACAGUUUUGGACACUCACGGCAAGCAGCUUGCAGACCCUCAGCGGCAGGCGGCUCCAGACAGGGACGACCAGCGCACACAGCAGGGACAGUUCAAAACAUGGGUGGUCGGUGCGCACAGCAGGGACAGUUCAAAACA